GGGUGGCGCGCUGGUCACCCUCGUUUCCGAAACCAACCUAUUCCCAACCAAAAACUUCGAGCUGCCCAGCUGCGAAGAGCGCAUUCGAUUGGGCCGCGCGAAGGAGAAUGACCUCCAGAUUGAUCAGAAGGGGACCUCCUGGUUUCACUGCGAGAUCCGGCUUCUCGAGCCGGAGAAGCGGGGGAGUGGUGGUGAGAUCGUCAAGGUCCGCGACACCUCCACGAACGGUGUCGGGUUGAAGGCGCCGGGCUCUAGCGUCCAGCGCCUCACCCGAGGCCAGGACACACCCGUCCCGGACGGGUCGGUGAUCACCAUGCCUUACAAAAUCAAG